GAAAAAGCUGCAUCUUUAGCAACGAUAAUGUUUGAAAUAGUUUCUUGUUUUUGUACAGCACUGACAAAGCUGCAGAGAAGCAGAUGAUGUAUGUGUUGCACAUAACAGUGAAAAACAUCAAAGUCAGACAGUCCUCCACCAAAAAACCCCGUACCUGCAGUCGUAGCCCUUCUAUGAAGUACUGUAUUACUGCCUGUCCUAUAAGUCACACUGACACCUCCAUUCAUGGACGCACCGUUGAAAACAUGUUGAUAUUAUUCAUAUUUCCACAGACACCACACUCUGAGUCACCUCUGUGGUCAUACAUAGUAUAAUAUGUAAACAGCUUGACAGGCUGUAAUUCCUGUCCUCUUUCCAAGUAGAGCUUUAAUUUUUUUCUCUCUCUCUCUACUCUCAUUUCUGGGCCUAAAAUCAGGUUAGCGUUUUAUAAGGAGCUUAGCGCAAAGGGCCACAGUGUGCCACUAAUGUAAUAGAGUAUCUCUCUCUCCCUCUCUCUCUCUCUCUCUCUCUCUUCCACUGAUUCACUUGCUUCUGUCCUCUUUUUCUCUUUGUGCUCCUGCUUUUGCUUACUCUGUCAUGAAGUGACCUUCUCUCUCUCUCUCUCUGUUUUGUUUUCCUGUUUUAUUUCCAUUACCUGCAUCUUCCUCCAUCCGCAGAUGUGUGUGACGCAAGCCUAAACGUUAAGGACGGGGGACAACUGCCCUUUGGAGGGAAAGGAGGAGGUGGGGAGAGGAGGACAAAUAAGAGGACAAGAAGCACAGCUGCUGCUGUCACUGCUCUGAGAAGGUGGAUUCACCGAUCUUUCUGGAGACUGGUACUGGAGUCCCUGUGUGUGUGUGUGUGUGUGUGUGUGUGUGUUAAGGGCAGAAGUACUUUUCUUGUGGUCGUCAGGUGAAUUUCAUGUGUGGAGUAAGAUGUUGGUGAUUAUGCUGUUGUUGUAGAUUAUGGUGCUAUUAAGUCUCAUGUAGAUCUCUGCCUAUGUCAAUAAUCCAAGAGAUUAUCCUGUGUUUCUGUGGUUCAGUAACGACCCGAUUCAAGGAGGUCACGCUCCUUGUAGAUGUCACCAAAGGGUUCCACAACUUUUCUCCCUUGUAAUAUUUUGUUGCGUAUGAAGGAGGACAUACUGCACCUGAGCAUAUUAAUAUACACUUCUUUUUCUUUUUUUUUUUUGACCUGACACAUCAGGUACCAGGUUUCAUUGGUCAUUUCUCAAGUCUUCCCAGUGUAUCACCAGGGCAAUGUACGAAACAAAGGUUGUAAAACUGAGCAAACAAGCUUUGUUGCAUCCGUAGACGCAGCAGCCAGGUCUGGAUGUCUGACACACAAGCUCUGCAUGAAUAAGAGAAAUAUUUGAUUUUUUUUUUUGUACUUUAAUCCCAGCCUGCACCCUGCUAUGACACACUUACUGUAAGAACCAGUCACGCCUCCUCUCUAACCUACAUACUGUUUUUCUCCAUUCGUGUGUUUUUGAUGAUGUUGCACUAAAUGCAUGUUGUAUUUGUGCAAUCUGCUCCGGUUCAGUUGUCUUUGUUGCUGAAGACAGAGUUUUUUACACCACACCCGACUACUCCGGUGAAGGCUUGUUCUCUUCUGGAUAACGCCAAUAAACCUUUGACCCUCAGGUCUGGUGUCGCCUCCUUGAGCUGGUGCGAGUGCACUUCUCCUGACAUUCGACUGCAUGCUGACAGAGCUCCUGUGUUUUUCCCUGCGCCAGUCGGACUGAUGGACUCCUCGUCUGAGAACGUAGACGACAGCUGUGAAGACACCGCUGAAUACAAGAAGUCCAGAGGCAAGUCCCUCAAAACCCGUAUCUUUGGGAGAAGCCAGAGAGCGACAGUCACUAAACUCAGCCAGUCGGCCAGUGACAUCAACGCUGAAAAGGAACAUGGAUCGGAUGAUGAUUUAUCCUCUCAGGGAAGUAUGGGAUCUCGAGCAUUGUCCCAUGACAGUAUCUUCAUGGAGGAGAACGUCCUGACAGAACCUGAACCGUCCAAGGUCUUAUCGCAGGAGAAUGUCAACAGCAAGAUCAAAGCUCUUCAGCUGAAGCUCCAGCAGCAGAACCUGCGCCUGGGGCCACCACCCUUAGCUCUGCCGAUCAGACGUCCAGCAGUCAUCUCGAAGGAUGAGUAUUCUUCAUACAGAUCUGCAGAGGUGACAGGAAGUGACGUUCCAGGCCAGGAAUCCAUCAGUAAGGCAUCGUCUCGUCCCCUUUCACCUGCACUGACCAAGUGCCCCCCAUCAUUUCCGUCUCAUCCUUUACCUGUUUUCCCCACCUCUCGUACCUGUGCUUCGGAGCCCCCACUGGACUUCAGUUCUCCUCCUUAUUCAACCACCUGCCUGGACACUUCUGCUGCCCGCCACCGCAUGUCUGUCAAGCCCCGAAACCAGAGGGCCAGCACCAAGAAGAGAGUGGCUCCUACUAAUUCGGUGAAAGGAGAAGAAAAAAAUUAUAUUUAUAGCCAAGAAAAAGCAACACUGGAAGAAGAAGGAGACGUUGAUAUUUAUGCCACAAGGCAACAUUUUCCUUCCAAAUCCCAAGUCGCAACCGAUUCAUACAGUCAGACCUCACACCUGCAGGAACCUGCCCUGACCAGGGUAUUAGCCCUGGUCUCCUCACAGGUCCUGAGACCGCAGCCUCAGAGAGCGGUGGAUGUAACAUCCAGUGAAAAGUCGAACUCUUCCGUGGUGUCAGAACCUAAAACCAGAAGAGAGGCGGGGUUUGACAUACAAGUUAGUUCUUAUGAAAAGAAGAAUACAAUUAAAAUAACUGAGGAGCCGACAGACAUGGGCUCACACGUCACAUUCGAACUCUCUGCUGCUCACAAGCAGCUUCAGGAAGAGAUCAAAAGCAUCAACUUUCCAAAGAGACCUGGAGCUGGAGCUGCCUCUGUUCAUUUCUCCAUAACCUCAGCCAAAAGCCAACAUCUAGAGCGACCCCGCUCGAGCAGUUUUGUUGGAAAAGUGGAGCAACCUGAGUCCAAACACAAGACGGGAACAGAAAAGAAAUUUACAUCGAGUCUGAAGGAAAAGGUGUCGCUGAGAGACCCGCAGCCCAGAGGAAGCACGUUUACCGUAGGAAAGCUGACACAAGAGGGAGCUGCUCCCAAAAGCUCUGAUCACUCCUGGGAAAGGAAGGACAACCAGGAGAAGAAAGACGAAUUUGUAUUGGUGUUUGCAUCUAAAAUUGCAGCUGCAGGCACCGGCACUUUAACUGGGCAGGGGUCGGAGUCCAGACAGGAGGAAGUUGAAGUAGCUGUGGAUAAACAAGCAUUUGGUAUUAAACUACGCUCAACCUCCCAGUCACUGAGAUAUCGCCCUGCUAGUGGAGACCAACUGGACAAGCAAACUACACAGGGCGUGGGUGAACAUGGAGUCUACAUGUCCAAAGAAACACCAGCCAACAUCCCUCCGUCAUCCACCACCACCGGCACCGACUUCACAGUCACAGAUCCAACCCUUCCAGGAACCUCCUGUAAUAACCCUACAGUAGCACGAGCAAAGGUUUCUGACAUCAGAGAGACAGAAACCUCUUCCUCCGUGCCUCAAGAUCCACCUGCCCUCCAGACGGCAUCGACCGAAGUGUCCUGGAUGAGCCUCGCCGUGGAGAAGACCAAAGGCUUGCAGCAACUGCUGGCCCGCAGAUUACCCAGAGACAUCACAGGCACGCAGACAACCAGAGUCCAAACACAAGCACAGCCACCGCAGCAAACAGAGGUCCAGACCAGUGCACAAGUGCAGGCUGUGAAAUUGCAACAAAGUUCAACUGUGACAUUACAGGCUGUGAAUCAAGCACCAACUGCCGCAGUGAAAGCAGCAAGAGUGCAAGGUUCAUGUCCAGCGCACACUGUCAAAGCGUCACUGGUGCCACUGCAACAAAAGACAGCUGCAUCUGCUUUGGUAAAGUUGUUUCCCGAGAGCCAAACAUCACCUCAGACCACUGAGUCACAGACACAGUCAGGUCCAACGCACUGUUCGUCUCAUCCGCUUGACCAGAACAAGCCGUGGACAACCCAGUCUUUUUUUCAAAUCUCCAAACAAACCGAGAUCUCGUCUCCGCUUGCACGAGAGAGUGCUACUCAGUCUUCUGCACCGUCUUCCCUGUCGUCAGGCCAGAACGCCACGCAGCAGCCUCCUUGGAGCAUCAGAGGUCUCCAACCAACCAACCAACUCAAAUCUACUGCUUCAGUUUCUACAACCUCAGUCACCACAGCGCCUCCUAGCCCAGUAUCUGUUUUGGGGAGAGACAAAGACAAAGAAGUCAUUGUGCAGGAAAACAUUUCCACACCCUUGGCAAAGCGAGCACUUAGAGAUCGUCCAGGGAGCGAGAGGGCAGCUUUUCUACACAAAAGGGCAGAGUGGACCACUGUGACUGCAACCACAGAGGUAGAUGCGAAGAGAGCUCAAACAGAUACACAGAGUCCAGAGCAGCCAAUGAAAUUGGUUAGAACAUCUUCGUGCGUAGGCGCCAAACCAGAGUGGAAACAAGGGGUUAAACUUUCAGAUUCAGUUCCGGACAGAUCCCGUGAGGACAAAUGGCUCAGGAAAAAUGUGGUCUGUUCAUCGCUGCCCACCCAGUCCUCAGUGCUGCAGUCCAUGUCGGACAAUGCUCCGCCCUUUUGGAUGGAACUGGCGAAGAGGAAGUCAAUGGCCUGGAGUGACAAAGCUAUGGACUGAGGAGGAAAAGUGACAGUUACCCAGGGAAUAUUGGCCGAAUGCCCCGUUCACUAAGAUCGAUUGGCUGUGUGCUUGACGACAGCGCCAACGUGUGGACGUGGUGUUGGUGUUUAAUUGUAUAUGAGGGUAAGUCAUGGUUGAGAGAUGUAGUAAAUGUUGACAAGUGCAAUACGAUCCUCUCCAAUAUCACUUUUGAGUAUUUGUGAAUAAGGUCUUAUCAGAUUCAUCAAGGCACAGAUGCUAUUGCUUUGUUUAAUAAAAACAUCAAUUUAGUUGAUUUCUUUUUGUAUUAAUGCCCCUGAUUAGUAUGGAGCUAGAACAGUCUCAAAAAGAAUAAAUACACAAAUUCACAAAUGUAUUUUAUGAAACUAAUAAAUAUCUUCACAUGCAUACAUUUGUGAAUCAUUGUUUGAGUAUUUAUUCUUUUUGAGACUGUUCUAGCUCCAUCGGUAAGUGUCCAUCAAUAUGAACAAAGCCUCCUUUCAUGAGGUUUAAUUAUUACAUUGAAAUGAAUGGCAUUUCAUGCACUUUGUACGAGGAAUGCUGCACAUGCUCCUUUAUUCCGUACAUGGACAGAAAUGAUAAGGUUGACUAACUGAGGGCAGUUCAGAGGUAGCUCUGUGGACAGGUUUGGCUCAGCUGUACCACUGUGUAUGAGGCACGCGCUGUGUUUGUGAUAGAUAAAUGAAGUGGGGUGUGAGGUGUGUGCUGAGGUUAAAACCAUUUAUUUUAUUUAUCCAAAAUAGAGUAGGCGGAGAACAGACAGAACAGCAGUGAUCGUGGAAGGGAGGUUUUGUCAAGUUUUACGGGAAGAUUAUGUCGAGUUAUGUUUUGACUUUAAUUGGGGUUUUGUUGUUUUGUUUUUUUAGAACAGCAUGCUGUGAUAAAUUCUUUUACAUGUAAUUAAAAUUUCAACAAUAUAAACUUCCAUAUUAGAUCCAUCAUGUAAUAGUGUCUAAUAGUAUUUUUUAGGGAAAAUCUGCAUGUGGAUCUAGACAACCUGCUUCUACAACACAAUCAUCGACGACCGUAUAUAUUAUUGCUUAUGAAGCAGUAUUACUCAAAGAACGUUAGAUGGUGCAUUGAUACAUUAACACAUCCACAGUAUGUAUAUACUAUAGAUAUACUAUAGGUAUACCAUACAUGUUGUAAUGGGGUCAGGAAACCGUACAUUAUCGUAGUGUGUGUAGAAAUGUUGUACAAAUUGUAGAAAUAUAUGUAUCAUACUUCUGGUGAUUUUACUGCCUAUCAGCUGGUUUGAACGUGGUGGCUGUACUACCCGGGUUGGCCAACAGGAAGCAGACGAGAGGAAAAAUGUGGGCUUAUCCUAGUGUUACGCAACGAGCUACACGUGAGUUUGUAAACAUGGGAGUAUGGAACCGUUGAGAGUGCGACCACC